UCCUCACGGGCGCUUUCUCUCACCCUGCUCUCAUUCAGCACCCUCGACUGAGUGUGAAAGGCAUUCGGCGGAGAUGACGGACAGCGAUAUUUACUGCACGUUAGAGCUGCCUGCUGCGCCUCAAGUCCCAGAUGGCUCCAGAUCCAAGCUCAAGGCUGUCUUACAGAGGCCCCAUCUUUCCUGCCUCGUGACAGUGGCUUUGGGGCUUUUAACUGUGAUUCUCCUGAGUUUAGUGAUGUACCAACGGAUCCUGUAUUGUGGCUCCAAGGACUGCCCCAGCUGCCCCAGCUGCCCCAGCUGCCCCGACCUCUGGAUGAGGAAUGGUAGCCACUGUUACUAUUUCUCAGUGGAGAAAAAGGAUUGGAAUUCUAGUCUGGAAUUCUGUGUAGACAGAGGCUCACAUCUCCUUACGUUUCUGGACGACCAGGAAGUGAUCCCCAUCCGCAAGCACUUGGGCAAAAACUUUUACUGGAUCGGCUUGAGGAACAAGGACGGCUGGCGGUGGGAAGAUGGCCCAGUUCUAAGCUUACGGAUUUUUUCUAACAGUUUGAUACAGAGAUGCGGUGCCAUCCACAGGACUGGCCUUCAAGCCUCUAGUUGUGAAGUUCCUUUGCAGUGGAUCUGUAAGAAGGCCGUACACUGACAGAUGACACUACCUCCUGAGCCUUGGAUCUGCCACACAUCUUUAAAAAGAGGGAACUGGUCCGGAAAAUCUUUGUUCACAAAUGUAUGUUUAACAAAUGCCAAAGCUGCUAUGAUAUGCCAUCAGACAGUGGAUUAGCAUAGCCUCCUGGGGAUUGGCAUUUUCCUGCUGGGCUUUCUUGGAGACUGUUUAAGUAAGCGUUAUGUUAGCCAUAUAAAGCCUGGGUCUGGGCAAAUGAAAUAGAUAAAGUCUGUUUUAAUGCCUCUCGCUGUAGAAGCUCACACUGGCGCCCUCAUCCCCACCUCUGCCAUCUCUGUCAAGGACAUGCGGAAAGCUAUUCUUCCGCAAAGAAGACUGCAGGCCUGCCAUGUUCAGCGAUGGUUACGUGGUGGUUAACUAGACAGAAACACACAGCUCAUGUCCUCACUCCUGUUUGGACGCUAAACAAGUUUGUCCAUACUUGUAGGGAGAAACGCAGUAGUCACAGCGUCCCGGAGAGUAAUGGAAUGGGAGAGGUUGGCUCAUGCUUUGGCUGGGGUGCUCUGUAGCUCGGUGGGGUGACAAUAAUGACCAAUAAUUGUUGUAUGGCUACCAAUUUGUUGUGAAUUUAAAAACAGCUCGAUGAAAGGACCAUGGGUGCUUCCAGGUGCCUGAGAGGGGGGAGGUACUUGACCACUCUGAUGGGCUCAUUGACAUUUUAUACUUGCAUCGAAACAUCAUACUUGUACGCCGUAAAUGGGCACAAUUAUUGUGUAUCAUUUAACUGAAAUCAAAUAAGUCACAAUUAAAAUGAAAGAAAAACACCA